CUUGUUCCGAAAAUGGUGAAGAAGAGCAAGAAGAGUAAGAGUAAAAGAGUUUCGUUGAAGAAAAAAUACAAGAUCAUAAGAAAGGUAAAGGAGCACCAUAAGAAAAAAGCCAAGGAGGCCAAAAAGCUUAAUUUGAACCGGAAAAGGAAGGUUGAGAAGGAUCCCGGCAUUCCUAAUGAUUGGCCCUUCAAGGAACAGGAGCUUAAGGCUCUUGAAGCUCGACGAGCUCGUGUUCUUGAGGAACUGGAGCAAAAGAAAGCUGAGCGGAAGGAGAGGGCUAGAAAGAGGAAGUUGGGAUUAGUAGAGGAUGAUGAUGAUGUCUCCCGAUUGGCUGAAACAGCAACUGUGACAGAGCAAAGUUUCACUGUAGUUGGGAAGAAUCGAGAUAACUCAGACAGGGCCUUCUACAAGGAGCUGGUCAAGGUCAUUGAAGCCUCAGAUGUCAUUGUGGAAGUCCUUGAUGCCCGUGAUCCCCUAGGGACCCGUUGCAUUGAUAUGGAAAAGUUGGUGAUGAAAUCGGGGCCUGAUAAGCAUCUAGUAUUGCUUUUAAAUAAAAUUGAUCUUGUACCUCGAGAAGCCGUGGAAAAGUGGCUUAAGUACCUCAGAGAAGAAUUGCCCGCUGUGGCCUUCAAAUGCAGCACUCAAGAGCAGAAGUCAAAUUUAGGGUGGAAAUCUUCAAAAAAAUCCAAAGCAAGCAAUCUUUUGCAAACAAGUGAUUGUCUUGGGGCCGAUACUCUGAUCAAAUUGUUGAAGAAUUACUCUCGAAGCCAUGAGAUCAAGAAGUCAAUUACUGUGGGCGUGAUUGGCCUGCCAAAUGUUGGCAAGAGUAGUCUCAUUAAUAGCUUGAAGAGAAGCCAUGUUGUCAAUGUCGGUGCUACUCCUGGUUUAACAAGAUCAAUGCAAGAGGUGCAAUUAGACAAAAAUGUUAAGUUGUUGGACUGCCCUGGUGUUGUGAUGCUAAAGUCUCAAGAAAAUGAUGCUUCCAUAGCUUUACGAAAUUGCAAAAGAAUUGAGAAGCUGGAAGAUCCAAUUAGCCCAGUAAAGGAAAUUCUCAAGCUAUGUCCAGCUCCUCUGCUGGUAACACUUUACAAGAUUCCAAGCUUUGAUUCAGUUGAUGACUUCAUACAGAAAGUUGCUACAGUCAGGGGCAAACUCAAGAAAGGUGGAAUAGUUGAUGUUGAAGCUGCUGCUAGAAUCAUUCUUCAUGAUUGGAAUGAAGGUAAAAUUCCGUAUUAUUCUUUACCCCCAGUUAGGAAUCAAGGAAGGCCUUCAGAGACAAAGAUAGUUUCUGAGUUUGCCAAGGAGUUUGACGUUGAUGAAGUCUACAAAAGUGAAUCUUCAUUCAUAGGAAGCCUUAAAUCUGCUGAUGACUUCAAUCCUGUUGAGGUUCCUUCAUGUCACCCUCUCAACUUUGACCAGUCAAUGUUAGAGGAUGACGUGCAGCCUCAACCAACAAAUCAAGGUGAAGGUCGUGAGAACGCAGCAGAAAUCAAUGCUGACGAGUCCAUGGAAUGUGAGGAUGACAGCAAGAGCAAGGGGAAAACUGCUGCUUGUAGGCAAAAUGAGAAACUAUAUGCAGAGGAAGGAAUGCUUAAUACAAAGCUUCGGAGAGCAGAGAAGAAGAAAAGGAAAAAGUCUAACAAAGCUGCAUCCGAUGGCAUGGACGGCGAUUAUGACUUCAAAGUUGACUACUUCCAAAAGGGAACUGCAAUGGAUGCUGAUGGGGGACAGAGCGAUCAGAGCGAGGAUGAUGAUGAUAAACACAACUCUCAACAAGUGCCAUCGUCCGGCAUGCAGACCGAUGAAUAAUGGGGUAGCGGGCAUGCCUUCAAUUUUGUCAUUUGGCGUUGGCUUUGAAUAGUUUUCUCUUGGUUGAUUCAGUUUUUAAUAUAUAUUUGGGGCAACAGUCAAAUUAUUAGAUUUCAAGAAUUCUUGUCCUGUUGCGGUGUCUCCGAAUGGGAUUUUUGUAUGGAAAGUUGUUGCUCAAUUUUCAGUUAAGAGAUUCUUCUCUUAAAGAAA